AUGAAGGAUUUGCUUAUAAUAGUGCCAAUAGGUAUAAUAAUUGGUAUAAUUUUUAUAUACCUUAAAUAUUAAAGAACAAACUCUGAGAAUGUUAAAGUCAAUCAAAGAAUCUCAAAUAAAACAAAAUAUUAAAUAACCUCAUAAUCAUUAUCUACUUCAUAAUCUGUUUAUCAUAAAAUAGAGAAUAAUAAACUUCAAAAUGAAAAAUAAAUCUAAGAUAGAUAAUCACCCCAAAAAGUAGACAAUUUUAAUUCGAAAUAAAAUCAUAAAGCGAAAUCUCGUAUAUUAUCCUUAGAUCAAAGAUAGAAUUAAGGGAGGAUCAAUUAAUAGGAUUCACAAGGAUCAAGAGUCAAAUUUAGAGAUGAUAUGAGAGAUUUAUAAUUAUAAUAACUUAAUUAAAAAAUAGAAUACGUACCUUAUAGAAAUGAACCUCAAUAAAAUAAAAAAGAAGAAUAAUAAAUUUUAAAAUUAAGACAGUCUUAAGAAAGAUAAAUAGAAGAUUAAAAAGCUGUUAUUCAAAAUUAAAAUCAAUCUGCACUUACUAAUAGUGCCAUUGUUUAAUAAAAAAUAUUCAAUUUAUACAAUAUAUCAUGUAGAGUUAGAAAUUAUGAUACUAAAUUUUUGGGUCCUGAAAUAAUAUCAUAAAACUAUGAUGAUCUAUUUAUUGAUAAGAAUACAAAAUAAUAACUUAAUUUAUUUUUAAAAGGCUAUAGAUAAGUUAGAGGAGAUGGAAAUUGUUAUUUUACAGCUAUAGCAUUUUAAUAUUUUGAAAUAUUGCUUAAUAAAUUUAGUAAUUUGGAAUUUAAGGAAUUUAUGUCAUAAAUUCUCUUGAUGUCAUUUUAAAUCUAAUAUCAUGAUUAUUUUAUAGAGGAUCCAUUGUAGAAUAUGUGUGCUUAAAGACUAGUUUAAUUAUUAUCGAAAUUGAGAGAUAAACCUUAAAAUUUAGAAUCUAUGAUGGCAGAUCCAAAUUAAGAGUUUUAUGGGCUUGCUAUUAUAUUUUUUCGGAAUUUAGCUUAAUAUCUCUAUAUAUAAUAUAAUAGUCAAAUAAUAGAUGAAUACAAACCAGAUUUAAGUAAUGAAUUAUUGACAUGGGAAUUUCAAUGUAAUGAUUCAGAGAUGAUUAAUUCAUCAUUGGCAAAGUAUUUAAAUAUGUAUGUAAAUUCAUAUUAAUGUAGAAUAAUUAAUGUAUAUUUAAUUGAUUAAAAAAAAAGCGAAGUAACUUAAUUGAAUUAUGGUAAAUAAUCAAAAAACUAAAUUCAUUUAAUAUAUAUUCCAGGCCAUUAUGAUAUUGGAAUACCUAUUUGA